UUUUCAAACUGUGGGCCCGUGUCGCACUCAUCUGGCCAAGCAACCAAACUGGGAGGACCUCUAUAAAUUGCCCUGUUUACUUGAGUAGAAAUAUACCAACCACCCCCUCUCUCUCUCUCUCACCAGAAAACACACUCUGUGCUUUCUUUGUUUUGCUGUAGGCGUUGUUGUUGAGAGUAUGUCUUAUCAGGGAAGAGGCAGUGCAGUGGUUGCCGCCGCAGUAGCGGUGGUAUGCCUGUUGUUGGUGCUUAAUUUUGAGGUGGCUGAGGCAGCCACCUACAAGGUUGGUGGUUCCAACGGCUGGACCUUUAACGUUGUUGGCUGGCCGAGAGGGAAGCGCUUUAGGGCUGGUGAUACACUUGCGUUCAGUUACAGCCGACAGGCUCACAAUCUGGUGGUUGUGAACAAAGCUGGCUACGACAGUUGCAAAGCCCCGGCUAAUGCCAAAGUGUAUUCCUCCGGCAACGAUCAGAUCAAGCUUGUCAAGGGACAGAACUACUUCAUCUGCAGCUUCGUUGGGCAUUGCGAUUCUGGAAUGAAGAUUGCUGUUAAUGCAAUCUAGAGAGAGAGAGAGAGAGAGAGAGAGAGAGUAGAAUUAAUGAGCACUAUAUAUGUAUGUGUAAUAAGGAAAUAAAAGCUUCUGUUUACCAGAUGCUAUGUUUGGCAUGCAAUAGUCGCAAUAUUUUACUAGUAGUAUUUUGAAGGGAGAUAUUAGUGCUUGAACCACAUAGUUUCGCUUUCAACAAGUAAUGCAAUGAAAUUCAAUA